AUGGCAGGAGCUAAGAGAAAGUCGACAAAGGGAGCUGCAUCCCAGGUUGCUAAGAAAACCAAGGGAGUUUCCGGGGGUAUUACUACACUUAGUGACGAGGAGAUAAAUUCCAUUGCAUCGCAAAUCAAUGAGCAACGCUCGUACAACUCAAUUGUCCAAUUACUUGACGAGCUCAAGUCCCUCAAGUCUAUACUUUCUAAGAAGGAAAACGACAAGGUCGAAGGUACUUCCCGCUUGCUCACACUCACAAUUUUCAAAUGUUUCAACAAAUUAUACGAAGAUAAUUUACUUGUAGCUAAGAAGUCAUAUGACGAGAAGAAAACGUUAGUAGUCAAAUGGCUCUUGGAUAAAUAUGAAUCGUUUAAGGCGAUUCUAUUGGACUGGUUAAGUACUGCAGACUUUUCGUACGAAACCUCCAUACAGUUGGAUAUGUUGGAUAUUUACAUGUCGUUGAUAAAGUUGGAGGCUACUCACAUGAGCUCGGAUCAAGCCUACUUCCCAACUCAGACGUAUAAGAAAUUAAUACAGAACUUGUUAAAGGUGAACACGUUUCCUCUUGAAAUAGAUGGAACCAGCUCCAACUUUAUUCUUGAAGAGUUCAAUACAAAGUAUUUCAGCAAAUACUGGGACCUCCAGUUCUACUUCUAUUACGUUUUACAGGAAGAAGAAGAACAGCAACAGCAAGAUGCAGAAGAAGGAGAAGAAGAAAGAGACGUAGAAGUAGAACAGAAGAAGGGCACUCAGUCCACCGUGUUUGGUAAUUUUUACAGACUUGCUUUGACUUGCCCUAAGCUUUUGUUUGACAUCGAAGACCAGAAAUCUCUGCCAAACUGGUCCACCCCAAACUCGCUCCCCUCCAUUGCAUACAAGUCAUCGGCAUUUAAAACUGCAUUCCAAAAAACUAUCAUGAACAUCUUGUCUUUACCCUCAAUACAGACAAACCAAUACAAAUCGAUAUUGUUGGUGUUGCACAAGAGAAUAAUUCCUUACAUGGCUCAACCACAGAACUUGAUGGAUUUCUUGACUGACUGUUACAACAUAACAGAUGAUGAAGUCGUACCCAUCUUGGCGUUGAACUCAUUGUAUGAGUUGAUGAAGCGUUACAACUUGGAAUACCCUGAAUUUUACACUAAAUUAUACUCAUUGCUCACCCCUAACUUGUUGUACACGAGGUAUAGAUCCAGGUUUUUCAGAUUAUGUGAUUUGUUCUUGAGCUCUACGCACUUAUCAUCGAACUUGGUAGCGUCAUUUAUCAAGAAGUUGGCAAGACUUUCCUUAAGGGCAUCUGCCUCGGGUGUAGUGAUAGUGAUCCCUUUUAUUUAUAACUUGUUGAAGAGACAUCCAUCCUGUAUGGUCAUGAUCCACAGACCAUCGGAAUUGGAUGCAGCCAGCAGCAGCAGCAAGAAGUCGUACACUGAUACAUUCAAUAACGAUGAGACGGACCCUUUGAGAACGGGAGCCAUAGAUUCUUCUCUCUGGGAGUUGGAGACCUUGAUGCUGCACUAUCACCCAAACAUUGCUACAUUGGCCAAGAUCUUUGCUGAACCAUUCCGUAAACUAACUUACAAUAUGGAAGAUUUCCUUGACUGGAGUUACAUUACUUUGCUAGACAGUGAAAAGACUAGAAGAUAUAGAGGUUUGGCCGCUUUAGAGUACCAGCAAUGGGACAAGGUGUUGGGAGAUGAAGGUAACACAUACAUAAGUGGAUGGAAAUUUUGA